AUGGUACGGUGGCUUCUAUGGCCACUGUUUUUGCUUCAACUGGCUGUUUGCCAACAAUUGCAACAACGAAUAGUAGAAGCCCCAAAAGACACGUUGGCUGCAGUCGGAGAAACAGCAAUUCUGACAUGUAGAGUUGAACAUCAACAAGGACCAGUUCAAUGGAUGAAAGAUGACUUUGGAUUGGGUACGGAUAGAGAUAAACCAUUACCUGGUAACAAAAGAUACAGAAUGGUUGGAAGUGCUGCUAAUGGGGAGUACAAUUUGGAGAUUUCUAAUGUCACCUUGUUUGAUGAUGAUGACUUCGCUUGUCAAAUAUCAGAAUCCGACCACGCAAAAGCAGUUGUCUCAAGUAAAGCAAAACUCACUGUGCUAGUGAGACCAACACCGCCAAAAAUAUUGAAAAGUCAUCAUUCCCUGAAAGCGAUUGCUGGAGAUCCAAUUACCCAGUCAUGUUUAUCAAGGAAAGGAAAACCACCACCAACUAUUGGAUGGGCAAUUGCAUCCGAUGAACAUGGAAAGCAUAUCAUUUCCUGGUUAGGAGAGUCUCGCUCCAAAUUUGGAGGAAUUCAUGCUAAACCAGAAAUCUCACAAGAGACAGUGAUUGCACAUGUAAAUGAAACCACUCAAGUCGAAGGAGGGGAACAUAAUUCACGAGAGGACUCAAGCAUUUACAGUAUUAUGAGCAACGUGAGUUUUGUACCAAGGCCAGAAGAUGACCACAAAUAUCUCGUAUGUAUCAGCCAGCACAUGACAUUUCCCAAUAAGAUUGAAGUGGAUUCGGUGAAACUUGCUCUCCAAUAUGCACCCCAAAUCAAUUUGACUAUUGCAUCGAAGGUUCCUUUGAGAGAAAAUGGAUCCGCUCUUCUUGCCUGUAAUAUAAAUGCAAAGCCACUCGAUAAUGUGAAGAUCAGCUGGUACAAGGGAAAUCAGAAGUUGAGAGAAACUGGAGAUACUCUCACAUUCGAAACACUGAAAAUGGAAGAUCACAACCGCGACAUUCACUGCGAGGCUACAAAUGCGAUUGGAACUUCAAGAGGCUCUAUCAAAUUGAAUGUUGCCUUUGGAGCACGUAUAAUGUCGACGUCACAAGAUAAAGAAGUGAACGAAGGGGACAACGCAUUCUUCCACUGUGCAACACUGGCAAAUCCUGCACCGGCAAUUUUCUGGACACGUGGAGAUAGUGAUGAGAUUAUUGGUCAUGGAGAAAAUUUGACAUUAGAAAAUGUGAGGACGUGGCAACAAGGAAAUUAUAACUGUACCGCUACCGUGGAUGGCUUCAGAAAACAAAUUUUAUCUCACUAUCUGCAUAUCAGAGGCCCACCUACAGUUUCUAUGAAAGACGAAGUAGCAGCUUCCCUCGACGAAGCGACAGAAAUCAUUUGUGAGAUUAGUGGAAGACCGAAGACGAAUAAUGUUAGAUGGACAUUAAAUGGGAAAGAGAUUAACUUUAAUAAUGGAAGGAUUACGGUGCAUCAGUACCCGAAGCCUUAUGGGAAAGAAAGUAUUCUGAAGAUCAAGGAUUUAAAAGAAGAAGAUUUCGGAGUGUACAACUGUUCUGCAAACAACGGAUUAGGAUUUGACAAUCGCGGAACAUUGCUCAAAAAGCGGAAUCUUUUCGAUUGGAUUGUUAUCACCGCCAAGUUCGAUCGGGCGGUUGCAUAUGCAAUAUUUGGCGCAGGAAUCGUUCUUGUGUCUUUACUUUGCUGCAUUUGUUUGUGCAAAACUCAUUGUCGAUCUAAAAAAUCAAAAUUCAUAGAUGACCAAUCUGAUGUGACGGUGAAAUGUGAGGCAUUGGAUGGACAGUAUUUCCCGGAAAUGUACAGUAGUAGUCCGGUAGACAAUGUUCAUCUUUCUACAAAGGACUACAUUUCGAUUCCACAGAACAAUCCAGAUCUAGAUUUUCUUGGUGCUAACGGAUCAUUUGGACCGCCAGGAGGAUUAUAUCCAAAGUGCUUCAACAACUCGGCCAAUGAAUACAUCUACAACCGGUAUGAACACUCAUAUGGAUCGUUUGGAAGUGGACUCUCAACCCCUGGAGGCGUUUCAGAUAUGUACGGUGUAGCGAUGGGAGACAAGUUGCCAGUCAUGGAAACGUUGCAAGAGGUCGAGACUCCAAAGACAUCCAACUACAAUUUCCUGUCGUCGCCGGAAGUAGUCCGACCAAUUAGCAGAACAUCAACCCACGUGUAG